GCUCCCACUGCUUUUAUUCCAUCGCAUUGAUGAGGAACCAACUCCAAUGAAACUUGCACUCACAAAUAUCACCAAAUGACGGACAUAGAGCUCCCCGUCUUACGCUGGGGCAUUGUUGGAUGCGGCCUCAUCUCUACAUGGUUCGUCAGUGACCUUGUGUUAUCGCGCUCAGAAGCUGCCGCAAACCACACGAUCACUGCCAUCGGUUCUUCCUCCUUGGAGAAGGGCAACAAAUUCGCCUCCAAGAAUUGCCCUUCACAGUCUCCCGCCGUGUACGACUCGUAUUCAGGUGUCUACAAUGAUCCGAAUGUCGACGUUGUCUACAUUGGCACCCCUCACCCUCUGCACCACAAGAAUGUUUUGGAUGCUAUAGCAGCGGGCAAACAUGUUUUAUGCGAAAAGCCGAUGGCGAUGAAUGCGCAAGAAGGACAAGAAAUGGUCGUUGCCGCGCGCAAGAAGGGCGUGUUUUUGAUGGAGGCUGUGUGGACGCGCUUUUUCCCAGUCACCAAAGAGCUGCAGCGUUUGGUGCACGAAGAGAAGGCCAUUGGCGACAUUUCGGUUGCCUGGGUGGAUUUUGGUAUCUACACGCCUAUCCAAAGCAAGGAUCCGGGCUCCAGGACAGCGUCGAAGAAGCUGGGUGCCGGCGCGCUCCUCGACCUUGGGAUCUAUUCGCUGACGUGGGCGUCGCUGAUAUUUGGCACUGCAUCGAGCGCAUCCCCAGAUAUCAGUGCCAACAUGGUGUUCUCUGACCAUGAGGACCCGAACGACAGGGUGGACGAGCAGACUGCGGUCAUACUGCGGUAUCCGGAGCAAAGGGCGCAGGCGAUCUGCACUGCGUCGCUGCUGUACAAGACACCAGAGAUCUUUGCGCGCAUCGAAGGGUCAAAAGGGUCAAUUUCGGUCGGAGGAGUCGCAGCGUCGAAGCCGGGAUUUCUAAUCGUGAAAACAAAGGAUGGCGAGGAGAAGAAGAUCGAUUUCCCUGUUGAAGGGAGGGGAUUUCAUUUCGAGGCAGAUGCUGUUGCUUUAGACAUCCAAGCGGGAAGACUCGAAAACAACACGUGCUCUCUGACUACGACGCAGAGUAUACUGUCCUAUAUGGACAGUAUCAUGGCGGCGUGUGGGCUGUCAUACUCGAAUUGAUAGAGAUAUAUAGAGCAGAUUGCCGACCUCGAGAUACCCUGCCAACGCUUUAGGGCCCAGCGCAUCCUGAGACGGCAUACAUUUCAGCUUGGAAAGGAGAAAUCGAGGAUCGAGUAAUGAGUUCGCUCUCAGGCCCAGGGGGACAGUGAUUGCAAGAGAGGAUGAUGCAA